AUGCGAGACAGGGAGGGCGUCGACGCUUCGGGGAUGGUAAAAAUUCCGUGUGGAGCUGGCUGUGAGGUCGAAAGCCUGGAGCCAGAGAUGAUAUCUCUUCUCCAAAGCACAGUGGAGUCGUUGCUGCAGCCGUACAUGGCUGCUGGCGUGGGUGAGCAGUGGUUAACAGGAGGCAUGGGCGAUGGCGUGCGGCAGCAUUGCGAAGAGGAGGCAAGGUGGGACUUGGGAGCUUUCCACGGGGAGCUGGACCAAACCAUAGGGUUUUUGGCACUAAACACCAAGGAUUGUGUUGGGCCGCAUAGUUGA